AUGGCUUCUGAAAAGCUCUCUAUUCUCCUCGUCGGUGCUGGCGGUCGCGAGCAUGCUAUUGCUUGGAGACUUGCUCAAUCUGACAAAGUUGAACACAUCUAUGUCGCUCCUGGCAAUGGAGGCACUGCUAACGGAAACAAGGUGACCAAUGUUCAAAUUGGUGUUUCUGAUUUCGACAAAUUGGCCGAGUUUGCUGUUCAAAACAAGAUCAACCUCGUCGUUCCCGGUCCUGAGCAACCCAUUGUCGAAGGCAUUCAAGCUGUUUUCAAAAAAGUUGGCAUUCCUUGUUUCGGUCCUUCUCCCAAGGCUGCACAAAUGGAGGGCUCCAAAGCCUUUUCCAAGGAUUUCAUGAAGAAGCACAAUAUUCCCACCGCUGCAUACGAGAAUUUCACUGAUUAUGAAAAGGCCAAAGCGUAUGUUGAAUCUGUUGAUCACAAGGUAGUUUUAAAGGCCUCUGGAUUGGCUGCUGGUAAGGGUGUCUUGAUGCCUGAAAACAAGCAGGAAGCAUUGGAGGGACUCAAGACCAUCAUGGUAAACAAGGAGUUUGGUGAGGCUGGUAGUGAAGUUGUCAUUGAGGAGUGUCUUGAAGGCGAGGAAUUGUCCUUCUUGGCCUUUGCUGAUGGCUACACUGUCAUCCCCUUGCCUCCUGCUCAAGAUCACAAGCGUGCCUUGGAUGGUGAUUUGGGACCCAAUACAGGUGGCAUGGGCUGUUAUGCUCCCACUCCUAUCGGUACUGCUGCUUUGAUUGAAGAAGUCAAGCGUACUAUCUUGCAACCUACCAUUGACGGUAUGCGUAGAGAUGGCUUCCCAUUUGUCGGCAUGCUCUUCACUGGUAUCAUGUUGACUGCAUCUGGUCCCAAGGUUCUUGAAUACAAUGUGCGUUUCGGUGAUCCUGAAACUGAGGUUGUCUUGCCUCUUUUGAGCGAUGACACUGAUUUGGCAGAGAUCUUGUUGGCUUGUGUUGAAGGCCGUCUUGACGCUGUUUCCAUCACUACAAAGAAGGCUUUUGCUGCUACUGUCAUCGUUGCCUCUGGUGGCUAUCCUGGUAGCUAUGCCAAGGGUAAGGCUAUCACUAUUCCCGAGACUCCCUGUGAUGUUACUGUUUUCCAUGCUGGUACUGCUGUCAAGGACAAUCAACUUGUUACUGAUGGUGGCCGUGUGCUCGCCGUCUCUGCUGUGGCCAACACUCUCCGUGAAGCAGUUGAUAAGGCUUACGCCGGUGUCAAAUCCAUCCAAUUUGAAGACAUGUACUAUCGUAAUGACAUUGCUCACAGAGCUUUCAAGUACGCUGAUCAAGAUGCCAAGAAAGCUGGUCUCUCUUAUGCUGAUGCUGGUGUCUCUAUUGAUGCCGGUAACUUGUUGGUUCAAAAGAUCAAGCCUCUCGUCAAAUCCACCAAGCGUGUGGGCGCUGAUUCCGAUAUUGGUGGUUUCGGUGGUAUUUUUGAUUUGAAAGCUGCUGGUUUCGUUGAUCCCAUCUUGGUUUCUGCUACUGACGGUAUUGGUACCAAGCUCAAGAUUGCUCAAGACUGCAACAUCCAUGAUACUGUUGGUAUUGAUUUGGUUGCCAUGAAUGUCAACGACUUGAUUGUGCAAGGUGCUGAGCCCUUGUUCUUCCUUGAUUACUUUGCUUGUGGUAAGCUUGAAGUCGAUGUCGGUAAGGAUUUCGUUGCUGGUGUAGUGGAAGGUUGUCUUCAAUCUGGCUGUGCUUUGGUUGGUGGUGAAACUGCUGAGAUGCCCGGUCUUUAUGCCUUGGGUGAUUACGAUGGCGCUGGUUUCACUGUGGGUGCUGUUGAGCGUGAAAAGAUCUUGCCUCGCAUGAACGAAAUCAAGGCUGGUGAUGUCGUUUUGGGUUUGGCUUCAUCUGGUGUGCACUCCAAUGGUUUCUCGUUGGUCCGUAAGAUUGUUGAAUCACAACCUGGUUUGGCUUACCACUCUCCUUGUCCUUGGGAUAACACCAAGACACUUGGUCAAGGUCUCUUGGUACCCACUCGUAUCUAUGUCAAGCAAUUAUUACCCGUUGUCAAGAAGGAUUUGAUCAAGGCCAUGGCUCACAUUACCGGUGGUGGUUUCCUUGAGAAUAUCCCUCGUGUCAUGCCUGAAGACCUUGCUGUCAUUGUUGAUGCCAAGUCUUAUGACUUACCUCCCAUUUUCAAGUGGCUCAAAGAAGCUGGUGGUCUUUCUGCUCAUGAAAUGUCUCGCACCUUCAACUGUGGUAUCGGUAUGGUAAUUGUCGCUGAUCGUGAAGCCGUUCCUGAGAUCACUCGUUUGUUGGAAUCCGCCAAUGAAACUGUUUAUGAACUUGGUUCUGUCACCACCAAGGCUGAAUUAAAUGGAAAGGAAGUUGAGGUUCGUAAUACUGAAGUUUGGUAA